AUGCGCCUCCAUAUUGCGAUCAGCGCCCUCGCGGCCCUCACACCUACGGCGCUGGCCGGCGAUGUAUUCGCGCACUACAUGGCCCAAACAUUGAACGGUGACCACGCCGCGCAGGAUGUCCAGGCCGCUUUGGCCCUCGGAAUCGAUGCAUUCGUGCUCAAUGUCGGCAUGCCAAACGCAGACUGGUGCGUGAGCACCGUCGAGCAGCUCUUCGCCGCAGCUUCCGGCACCAACUUCAAGAUCCUCUUCAGUCUGGAUCUCUACGCCGAGUCCGACCCGUAUGCGUUCAGUACCAUGAUCAACAAGUACUUCUCGCACCCCAACUACUAUACGGCUGGACCCAACUCAGCCCCGAUGCUCAGCUCUCUCAGCUCCAAGCCAUAUUUUGUGCCGGACUUUGAUCAGGCCGAGGGGUACUACGAGAACCCGGAGGCGUUCUGGUACUAUUGGAAGGAUACUCUGGACGGCUCGUUCUCGUGGGAGCAGGCAUGGCCAGCCCAGAGCGACACACAGACCAACGUGACAAGUGAGGUGGAUGAGAAGGUGCUCAGCGCCACGCAUGCGCAGGGUAAAGUGUACAUGAUGGGCCUGUCAUCGCUGCAGUACAAGCACUACAACCAGGACCACUGGUUCCGCGCUGGAGACGUGGUGCUGCCUGAGCGCAUGGCCCAGAUCCUCGCUCUGCCCACGAAGCCCGAUUAUGUGCAGAUCCAGACAUGGAAUGAUGCAGGUGAAAGCCACUAUAUUGGGCCAGUCUGGUCCGAGGGGCUGUUGGAAGAGACGCUUAGGUAUGCCAACCAGGAGGAGCAUCCACAUGGAGGGUGGCAGCCCCUGGUGGCGUCGUUCAUCACAGCAUUCAAGAACGGAGCGGAUGCAUCGGGAAUGAGACCGACAGAGGGCAGAAAUGUUGUUGGCGCUAUGUGGCACCACGAGUUCCUUCUGGCCUCCGAGUCGUGCGCGGGAGACUCUCUGGGAGCGCCCAGGGGCUACGGAGCUGCGCAGGACAGAGUCAACUGGGCAGUUGUGCUCGGGGAGGGGGUAAGCGGCUACAGCGUUCAGGUGUGGAGCGGAGGCGAGCUGAUUGCCAAGGAUGCCCUGAACGCAGGCUUGAACUACAAGUCUGUGGCGGGCGUCAAAGUCGGUGAGCAGGUUGUGCAGGUCGUGGAUGCAUCUGGAAACGUCAUCAUUGAGGGAGGGAAGAGCACGAAGGGCGUUAGUCAGGGUCUUCCCAGCUCGGGUAUCUGCAACCUCAACUUCCAGGUUGCUCAAUUGGCCUGA